AUGGAUCCAGGCUCUUCCUGGCGAUGCCAAGCAACAGGACAAGAAGCAAGAGGAACCGAUACACAGGAGUUCCACUUAAAUAUGAGGAAAAAUUUCUUUAUUGUGAGAAGACGGCACACAGCAGCGGCCGCAGGAAGGCCGCCCGAGCCCUCCUCAGGCAGCAACAGCCGCUCUGAGCAGCCAAGCAGGGUCGCCUCACGGCCGGAUGCCAGCCGCCCUCGCCACGCCGCCGUACCCCAGCAGGCCCGCGGUGGAGCGGAGAGAACCCUCCACAUCGGAGAGACUCCUCCACAUUUCCCACCACCGCCUCCCCAGGCAUUCGCGAGCCGCACGCGCGCUCCGAGGCCAGCAGGGGCGGGAACGGCCCCGGCUUCUUCCGCCCGCCGCGCGCAUGCGCACCGGCGCCCCUGCAGCAAGCCCCGCCCCCCCGCCGCUGGAGCCGCUGGGCGGCGGGAGAGCGCGCGCGCGCGGCGCGUCUCGGAGCGGCACGUGACAUGGAGGAGGCGGGGACGGGAAGGGAAAGGUCAGCGGCGACGCCGGCGGCGGGGGGAGCGGAAGGUCAGGGCGGCGCGGAGCGGAAGUGGGAGCCGGAGCCUCGUCCGCCAUUGUGGGGAAGCGGAGCCCAGAGCAAGGGGGGGGAAGCGGCGCUGCGUCCGGCCGGCCGGCUCCUUCCAGCGGGAACCCGAUCGGCGGCAGCGGCGGCAGCAGCGAGCCCAGGCGGCAGCGGCGACAAUCAGGCGGCGGCGGGGAGGAGGCGGCGGAGGCGAGCGAGCGGCCCCGGCGUGCGGAAUCACUCGAGGCCCAGGCGGAGCGGAGCGAGGGGAUCGCGGCUCCCCGUGAAG